UGAGUUGUUCGCCAGCCGCCAUUAAUCCCCAGGAGAAGAAGAAGUCCGCGCUAGCAGGAGGCGGGUAACAACACGGAGCUAACAACACGGAGCUCCGCGCAGACACACACCGACACCGGGUUCGGUUCUGAAAGUCACCGGGAAACGGUCAGCACCGGGACACGUUGACACUCAGACGGACGGAGGCAGACAUGAGUGAAGUGGUGGAGGAAGCCGUGGACAGCUCUGCAGUGUCCGAGGAGCAAGUGGAGGACCAGCAGGAGACGUCGCAGGAAGAGCUUUCCAGUGUGAACAUGAGUCGUGUCAAAGCAUCCGUUGUUGGUGACAUCAUCGAGGGCAAGCGGCCAAGAAAACCUGAGAGGUUCAAUUUCCAGGCACCCAAGGAAAUGGAGAAGCUCAAGAUUGAAGAUGGUAGUGGAGAUAAAUUGGGAGACAUUCCACGCACCAGCUUCCAGCUCACCAAGAUGAAGCCAGCUGAUCUGAAACCUCUUCACGCCAUCCUGUUCGACAGACUGGGAAAGAUGGCCACAAUAAAGAAGAACUUGCGUCUGUUUAACGGAUUUGGUUUCGAUGGCGACAGUGAACAGUACAUCAAAAACGAGACAAGCUUCAAAAAUUCAAAUUUCAACAACAAAAAGCUGAAAGUUGUCUGUGGUGUUUUGGAUCUGAAGAAGAACGGAGCUUACAUGGAUCUGGUCGACAGGAUCAUGACUUUCCUCAUUGCACCUAAAAACAGUGGGAAGCGUCGCCCUGCGAAGAAGAAGAGGACGUCCAAGAGGAAACUGUCGGGCGACAACUCGAAGACACCGACCAAGAAAAAGAGCAAAUCCAAACCCAUGAGCUCGUCCAGUCCCAAAAAGUCCAAAGCAGGACGCAAGUCCAAAGCCAGCGGCAUUUACUCUAGCAGUGACGAGGAUGACGACGAGGAGGAUGAUGAUUAUGAUCCCAAAAAGAAGAAGCCUGCUGUGGUCAAACCUGCGGCCAAGACAAAGAAGGCCGACAGCAGCAGCAACCGCAAAAACAACACGAACACAGCAGACGACAGUUCAGACGACGACGAGCCGCUCAUCAAGAUGAUCAAGAAAGCCCCGACCGACGGACAGCUGAAGGACACGGUCCAGAGUUUGCUGAAGGAGGCGAAUCUGGAGGAGAUGACCAUGAAACAGAUCUGUCAGAGGGUGUUUGACAGCUUCCCAGACCACGACCUGAGCAGCAAAAAGGACUACAUCAAACAGACAGUCAAAUCUGUGAGAGGCUCCUCCGCCGGCUGCUCUCUGCUGACUGUCCCCGGAACUGGAGGCUCCUCCGCCGGCUGCUCUCUGCUGACUGUCCCCGGAACUGGAGGCUCCUCCGCCGGCUGCUCUCUGCUGACUGUCCCCGGAACAGGAGGCUCCUCCGUCGGCUGCUCUCUGCUGACUGUCCCCGGAACUGGAGGCUCCUCCGCCGGCUGCUCUCUGCUGACUGUCCCCGGAACUGGAGGCUCCUCCGCCGGCUGCUCUCUGCUGACUGUCCCCGGAACAGGAGGAGACUCCUCCGCCGGCUGCUCUCUGCUGACUGUCCCCGGAACUGGAGGCUCCUCCGCCGGCUGCUCUCUGCUGACUUUCCCCGGAACAGGAGACUCCUCCGCCGGCUGCUCUCUGCUGACUUUCCCCGGAACAGGAGGCUCCUCCGCCGGCUGCUCUCUGCUGACUGUCCCCGGAACAGGAGGCUCCUCCGCCGGCUGCUCUCUGCUGACUUUCCCCGGAACAGGAGACUCCUCCGCCGGCUGCUCUCUGCUGACUGUCCCCGGAACAGGAGACUCCUCCGACACGUUGACACUCAGACGGACGGAGGCAGACAUGAGUGAAGUGGUGGAGGAAGCCGUGGACAGCUCUGCAGUGUCCGAGGAGCAAGUGGAGGACCAGCAGGAGACGUCGCAGGAAGAGCUUUCCAGUGUGAACAUGAGUCGUGUCAAAGCAUCCGUUGUUGGUGACAUCAUCGAGGGCAAGCGGCCAAAGAAAACCAUCGAGAGGUUCAAUUUCCAGGCACCCAAGGAGAAGCUCAAGAUUGAAGAUGGUAGUGGAGAUAAAUUGGGAGACAUUCCACACACCAGCUUCCAGCUCACCAAGAUGAAGCCAGCUGAUCUGAAACCUCUUCACGCCAUCCUGUUCGACAGACUGGGAAAGAUAGCCACAAUAAAGAAGAACUUGCGUCUGUUUAACGGAUUUGGUUUCGAUGGCGACAGUGAACAGUACAUCCAAAAACGAGACAAGCUCUGCAAAAAUUCAAAUUUCAACAACAAAAAGCUGAAAGUUGUCUGUGGUGUUUUGGAUCUGAAGAAGAACGGAGCUUACAUGGAUCUGGUCGACAGGAUCAUGACUUUCCUCAUUGCACCUAAAAACAGUGGGAAGCGUCGCCCUGCGAAGAAGAAGAGGACGUCAAAGAGGAAACUGUCGGGCGACAACUCGAAGACACCGACCAAGAAAAAGAGCAAAUCCAAACCCAUGAGCUCGCCCAGUCCCAAAAGGUCCAAAGCCAUGCUCAUUUACUCUAGCAGUGACGAGGAUGAUGAGGAGGAGGAUGAGAAGGUGGGGGCGUCGGCUGAGGCUGAGGGAUCAGACAUGGAGGAGAAACUGUCAGAGAAAGAGGAAGACCAGUCCGACAAGUCGGAGCAUUCUGCUGACGAAGACGAGGAUGAUUAUGAUCCCAAAAAGAAGAAGCCUGCUGUGGUCAAACCUGCGGCCAAGACAAAGAAGGCCGACAGCAGCAGCAACCGCAAAAACAACACGAACACAGCAGACGACAGUUCAGACGACGACGAGCCGCUCAUCAAGAUGAUCAAGAAAGCCCCGACCGACGGACAGCUGAAGGACACGGUCCAGAGUUUGCUGAAGGAGGCGAAUCUGGAGGAGAUGACCAUGAAACAGAUCUGUCAGAGGGUGUUUGACAGCUUCCCAGACCACGACCUGAGCAGCAAAAAGGACUACAUCAAACAGACAGUCAAAUCUCUCAUCACAUGAAGAUCAGGAAGUCGUGAAACUUCACAAGAGAAGAAGAGUUCAGCACAAAGGACUGAAAAGUUUGUUUCAUUAGUUCUGUUUGUUUUCAUAAAAAACAGUUUUCUACAUGAUUGUUUUUUAUUAUUAUGAAUGUUUCACGUUACCUCCACAUCGUUCAUCUUUUUUAAUGCUCUCUGCUCGAGUCCAAAGCAAGGUAGGAAAAAAAAUUUUAACAAAUAAAAAAAGGAAAUUUUUUCAAAACAAGUGGAAAAACCAACAUUUCUUCAACUUUACAAACUGUUGUGUAGUUUUCUUCAGUGAAGUCGACUUCAUACAAGAGUUUGUAUCAGAAAAUCUGAAUUAAACAACUGCUCUGUUAGAAAAUGUUUGAUUCAUUAAUUCUAUAAUUUGACUUGAUGCAUUUGGCUUCAAAUAUAAGCAGUUUUGCAGGUUACAAUAUUGGACAUUGUAAGAAUUCAUGUGUUUUUGUGUUUGUUUUUAUUUAAAACACAUUUUUACAAACCUGAUCUUUGCUUUUGACUCAUUUUUAUUUUUGGAUAAAAAUGUGUGUUUCUUAUUAGAUUAAGUUAUUUUUGAUUUAAACAUUUGUAAUUAAUUGUCUUGAAGCUGAAAACAGUCAAACCUUUUUUAUUGUGGAUUUUGGAUUUGUUCGUUCCCUUUGGUGAUUUUCUGUCAAACAUCAUUUACACUUUUCACAUUCAUAGAUUAACAGUCGUUUACUUCCUGAUUAAAAUUCUACCUUUUUUAACAAAA